UUAAAAUCACAAGACCCAUAGAAGUAGAACGUAAUGAAACCUGUAAAAGCAGUGAAAACUGAAAUGAAGGAGCUUCCACAAGAAGUGAUGGUGGAAAUCUUCCUACGUUUGCCAGUAAAGUCCCUCUUGCGUUUCAAGUGUGUUUGCAAACAUUGGUUGUCUCUUAUCUCGGACCCCAAUUUCGCCAAACACCACUUCCAACGAUCUUCUUUGAAUCUCACCCAUAAGAUCCUCUACACACUGCAUUUCGUUGCAUGGUCUUGGGAUUUCAAUGCACCCUUUGUUGAUCACUCUGCUCUGUCAAGGAUUCAGUUACCUCUUGCCUUCGUACCUGCUAAUAUCAAUUGGAUGAGGAUGGUGGGUUCAUGUAGAGGCUUUCUACUUGUAGCUCUCAAUGACAAUAUUCUUUUGAAUGAUCUCAUCAUUUGGAACCCAUCAACAGGUUCAUGCAAAAGAGUACCACAACCUCCCACAUGGGACAACAAGUUUGCAUUCCUUUGUGGUUUUGGCUAUGAUGUUUCAACAGACGAUUAUAUUAUUGUUCAGGUAUCAUACAAGAAUUGGGAAGCUUAUCUUGAUGACGAGGUCAUCAUCUUUGAAACCUUUUCAGUCAAAUCCAAUUCAUGGAAAAUAGUUGAUGUCCAUGGCCUUAAUUGCACAUAUAUAAAUCUGAGGAACGAUGAUGUCGAUACUCCAAGAGUAGGAUCGUUCUUGAAUGGUUAUAUUCAUUGGUUGGCUUGGUGCAAGGACGGUGAAAGAGCAAAUCAAGGAGCAAUAAUCGCUUUUGAUUUGAAUGAAAACAAGAACGGUUUGCGUUUGCAUGAAGUACCUUUGCCGGAUGAUUUCAUCCAUGAAUAUUCUGACUUGGGGGUGUUUGGAGGAUGGCUUGGCCUAAUUGAGAUGAACGCACCGGAUCAAUUAAAUAUUCGUGUGAUGAAAGAAUAUGGAGUGAAAUCGUCUUGGGUUAAUUUGAUUACUGUGUCACUUCUCAAUAUCCCUUCUGACUUCAUUUCACCCAUGUUUAUGUUCCUAUGCAAAGAUGGUGAAGUUGUUGGAGUUUAUGAUGGUGUAGGAUUUGUAAAAUAUAGUGACAGAGGAGGGGAGUUACUAGAACCUCCUAAUAAUCCUCAUGGAAGAUCCAGGUUUUAUUCAACUGCUAGUGUGUACACCGAAACACUUCUUUCUCUCCCAAGCAAUCAUGGUGAUCAGGGUUAAAGUGGGAAAUUAACCUCCUCCUCCAAUUGUUUUUGCUUAUAUAGGGGUAUUUUGUACAUCCGAGAGCUUGAAAAUUAUGUUCUAUAUAGUUCAGAGAAUUGAAUUGUUAAAUUUCUAAGAUAGAGAUCACUUCAUCCUAUGUUUUAUAUACACGUGUUGAUAAUGGUUAGUUCACUAGUCC